UUGUACGAUAGGACAGAUUCGUUGAAAUAGAAAAUGUACAAUUAAUAUUUGUCGAAUAAAUUUUUAGUUAGAGUGGUGUUGUGAUGUUACUUAUUGUAUAAGUGAUGUAGAUCAGUACAAAAGCAGAUUCCAAUGGAAUUUUAAAAUUCUGGAAAAAGUGCUACAGACGAAAAUGAAAUUCCAACAUUCACUGCUGAUUCAACUACUAAUAAUAAUAAUAAUGUUUAUAAAUAACGUAAAGUGCUGGAAUGAUUGCGAAGUAUCUAUAUCCCAGUUAAGGGGAAGCGUACCCCUUUAUGUAAAGGAAGUCCAAGGUAAUGGUAGUUUUUGGGUUUAUGAACCAAGUGAUGGAUUUAUCGUUCUAAGGAAAGGUGAACAGAUUACUCUAAUAUGCCCAACGCCUAAUAAAGAUGUGAAUGCCAAUUAUGGUCUAGCAACAUGCGAAGGAAACAAUAUGUUCAAUUUUGAUGGAAAAAGCCUCCAAUUGAGAGAUGUCACCUGUCCUCAUGGUUUUCCAAAACCCAUUGCAAAAAUAACAGGUCGAUGUUCCGGAAAUGGGUUGAAAAUUGAUGUUGGAUUUCAACUGGGAGACAAUUACCUUUUGAAGCAGAUAACCGUAUGUUAUAACAACGAAACAAAAGUACCAUUGUAUGCCCAUUUUAGUAUGAAAAACUCGGUUUGCUGUUGCGCAACAGGUACAUCCAAAUGGAUCGACAAGGGCACGUUCGGUAACGCCCAAAUUCCUCUCACUAGCGUUUACGAAAUUGGAUCCGAAAAAAGGACCCUCAACCGAAUGUUUGGAAUUGAAUCAAAAAGCAACAAAUUCAUCAGUAGCCCAUCGAGAUAUUUUACCAAGGGACGGCUUGUUGACAAAUGUGAUUUUUCUUUCCCUGCUCAGCAAAGAAUGACCAACAAUUAUUACAACACAGUUCCUCAAUGGCAACCGUUUAGCAAUGGAAAUUGGAGGAUACUGCAGGAAAACAUUAGAGAUUAUCUCAGAAGAUCUAAAAACAAAUACAAAGAGCUUCACGUUUAUACUGGAACCUAUGGAAUUGCCAAGUAUGAAGCUGCCUGGAGAACUUCAGCGGACUUGGCUUUGUUUAUGAACAAUUCCGGAAGGAAGGCGGUACUAAUACCGGAAUAUCUUUGGAAAAUAGUCCAUGAUCCGAUGUCAAAUCGUGGCAUAGCGUUUGUCAUGUUCAACAAUCCCUACGUUGAAGAAACUGUAAAACUAUGUACAAAUAUUUGUGCAAAAUUGAGUUGGCUUACAUGGGACACAAACAGAAAAGACAAAGGUUACGGAUAUUGCUGUUCGGUCGACGAUAUAAAGAAACGAAUUCGGAAUAUACCGCCAAUUACCGUUUCAGGAAUAUUGCAUUAACAAGAAGAAGAAAUUAUACUCCCGUUAGUAUCAAAUUAGAUUGAAAUCAUUCCAUUCGUGGAAUUUUAUGGUAAUUUAUUUUCUUUAAUCCUGUAGCGGAUAUAAUCGUAACCUGUAUAAUAUUUACAAUUUAUUAAUAGCCGCGUGUGCUGUCUUCCUCGCGAAAGUUAUAUAAUAAGCGAGCACGAGAGCAUAUCAAAUUUCGGUUUCAAUUGAGUGAAUGUUCAGCUGAGAAAUAAAACCAUUAAGUAGAACGUAAUAUUGAAAUUACUUAAGUAAAUUCAGUGUGGGUUACAACAGUCGUGAUUGUCACGCAUAAAUAGCAAAAAAAAAUCGCGCCGGUGCAUAUGCAAAUCAUUACUCGUUUGCAGAAAAUUCGCCGAUAGUCACCUUCACUCUCUCGACAAAGUUAAUGAUUCAUUGUCAGUAGCUACAGGCGUAGACAUUUUAUUUUUCUGGUACGCCCGUUGUAGUUUGUAAUUUGGGGCAAGCUGAGUUUUAAUGUUGUUUCUGGCGAUCGAAAUCUGCCAUCUUUAAAAAUUUUGAUUUAUACCGAUUUGUAUCGUCAAAUGUAAGUCUUAUUAUUUCCAUAUUAUCACGUUCGGCCAGGCAACGAACCAUAACAGUGAGAAAAGGUCGAAUAUUUAUACGAAAAUAGCACUUCAAUGUAAAUUUCUGAGAGCUAAGGUACGUUUUCUACGAUGCGGUUGUCGCAAUCCGCAGUUGCAAUAAAAAUUGUAUUCAGUCAUAAUUCCCGUGGUGUAUUUGAACAGUGUAUACGUCAACAUCCCUUAGAGAACACUCGAAAUAGUCGUAAUCACAAAGGUACCAUCUGUACCAAUUCAGGAGUGGCUAAAACCUCGACUCUAACGUUCCAAGUUGUGAAGUGUCUACUGUCCCGAUAUUAUUUGAAAUUAACGUUAAGUAACUUUGACUUUUUUGUUCAUAUUCUUGUAAACAAUGCAAGGGGGGAGGGCAAGACCAUGGUAACACUCAAUUGAUUUGUGCUGCCUCUUCGUAACAUAUAACCUUGUUAUUGUAAACAGCCAAGUAUGUCCAACAAAUGUGUUUUUGUUUUUAUUUCAUUGAUUAAGACCAUAAGGUAACAGUAGGAAGAGACAGCACGAACGAAGUUGUAGUCAUGUCCUUCCUUUUGUUUGCAGGAAUUAGAUCUAGAUAUCUAACAACUGCAAACCUACACGUGCGUAGAUGAAGACUUGUGUUUCAGGUUUUAGCCCCUCCUACCAAUUCUUGUCAAAGACUGUACGGUGGGCGUAGUGCUUUAGCACAUGCGUUUCACUUAUCAUAGGGGACGUAUGAAACUGGACUUGGCGGAAAUUGAUAACUGACUUAUUAUUUCAACAUAUU